GUGACGCAACUGUGCCCCAAAAAAACAGCCCAGCGCAGCUGAACAUGGCGGUGCUGCUGAGAGGUCUGCGAGCUGGAAGGGCACUUCGGGGGCUGGGCAGCGUGGUGGCUGCACCGACAGCAGCAAAGCCCCAACGCAGCAGCCUGAGCCGAGGCUUCCACCGUGCAGCACUGAGGCUUCAGGAUGAAUCCAAAUCUGACAAACCCCCCUCCUCAUCCUCCUCCUCAUCAUCAUCAUCAUCCACAACCUACAAUGAGCACUACCAGGCUCACUCUGCUGAACAGGAACCAGCAGCAGCCUCCCAGGAAGGCUCACCUGACCCAGCUGCUGAGGAGGCUGCCGAGCCAAACACAAGUUACCAGGACCAGAGCGGAGAGCAUGGGGAGGAAUAUGAAACGGAGGAGCAGCUUCAAGCUCGAAUCCUGACGGCUGCUCUGGAGUUUGUCCCACAGCACGGCUGGUCAAUGGAAGCCAUCGCAGCCGCUGCUGAGACACUGGGCCUGUCCUCUGCUUCCAGUGGUAUGUUCUAUAAAGGAGCCGGAGACUUGGUCCUACACUUCAUUGCCCAGUGCAACUCACAGCUGACCGAGAUCCUGGCUGAACAGCACAACCAGGUCCAGCUGGGCCAGGCCGAACCAAAGGAGACUGCUGACUUUCUUAGAGAUGCUGUAGAGACCAGACUGAGGAUGUACAUCCCCUACAUUGAAACUUGGCCACAGGCGAUGAGCAUCCUACUCCUUCCUCACAACAUCCCAGACAGCUUGAAGCACCUCUCCACCCUCGUGGAUGACAUCUGGUAUUAUGCCGGAGACCGUUCCACAGACAUGAACUGGUACACCAAACGGGCAGCACUGACGGGCAUCUAUAACACUACAGAGCUGGUGAUGCUGCAGGAUUCCUCUCCAGACUUCCAGGACACCUGGAGCUUCCUUGACAACCGCAUUCAGGAUGUAGUCAACAUGGCGCGCACUGCCAAACAGGUGCAGUCGACUGGUGAAACAGUGGUGCAAGGGCUCAUGGGAGCUGCUGUUACACUGAAGAACUUGACAGGACUGAAUCAGAGGCGAUGAUGGAAACCAUCCUUCUCUCACUCUGAUCCCGACUGACUGGCUUGUGUGAUGAGCUGAAGAUCAAUUUUCUUUUUGCUCUUGUUUCUGAUUAACUGUAACUGAGUCUGAAGGUAUUGAAUUAUGGAUUUCAUCCAGCAAGGGAAAUCUAUUAUUUGUCACAGGCCAUAGUUACAGGCCUCUUUCUGCUCACGUGUAAGAAAGUGGCUUGUCUUGAUUUGUUUUACUGUCCAAGAAUUCACCCUCCUGCUCAGAUUAUUUGUUCUCUUGGACACAGUGAUCUGUCAUUUGUUGGACCGAGACUUAAAUAAAGUAGAUAUAUAUAUUGUAUAUAAAA